AUGUCUCAAUAUAUUGGUAAGACCAUUCUGUUAAUUUCUAACAAACAAUUGAGAUAUGUUGGUUUAUUAGAUAACAUAAGUGCUGAAGAUGCCACCAUAUCAUUGAAAAGUGUGAGAUCUUUUGGUACUGAAGGGAGAUUAUUAGCUAUAGGUCAACCAACUGCUGAAGUUAGUCCAAGUAAUGAUGUUUAUGAUCAUGUGGUAUUCAGAGGUAGUGAUGUUAAAGACUUGACAGUAUUGGAUAUUCCUUUGGAUCAAGUCAAACCGGAAGGUUAUUAUGCUCCACCUGCUCCUCAAGGCGCUCAACCAACUGCAACUAAACCUCCUGCUCCAACUACCACUUCUCAACCAGCUACCACUUCACAGCCUGCUCCAGCCUCAGAACCUGCUGCUGCUCCAGCCCCUGCCCCAGCACCUAAAGCUCCAGAACCAACUGCUGCUGCUCCUAAGUCACAUCCUCAGCCUACAAAGACUGAUUCCAAACCUACUAAAACUAGUCCUCCUCAACCUCAACCAAGAUCUGCUCCUCAACCUAAAAAGUUGGAAUUUGAAGAUGAUUUCGAUUUUGAAAGUUCAAAUGCUAAAUUCCAAAGAGAAUCUGAAGCUGAAUCUUCCCAAACAUAUAAUAAGUCAUCUUUCUUCGAUACUUUAUCUUCAUCAAAUGAAGAAAGAAAUUCUAUGAGAUGGAAUGAAGAAAAACAAUUAAAUUUCGAUACUUUCGGUGAAUCUUCUGUUAAUAGAGGAAGAGGUAGAGGAAGAGGCCGUGGACGUGGUGGACGUGGAGGACGUGGCGGACGUGGAGGUAGAGGGCGUGGAAGAGGAAGAGGUAAACCUGAAGAAAAACCUGAAUGGGCAUAA